AAAAAAAAAAAAAAAAACAGUGUGUUUAUCUGAGGUGUUUGGUUUAAUCAUGGCUGCUAUAUUGCAGACGAGUGUAGCUGACAAUUAAAGAGAAUGUUAGCAUAAAGUGGUUACGGGGUUUAUUUACAACAUAGUUGUUAGGGUGGGGUAGUUUGACUGAAAGGAAUAAAGAAGUCUGAUAAAGUUCUGAAUUAAAUUUUUGUACAGUAUUGGCAUUGUUUACUAUCACAGCCAGAUAAUUGAAAGACAACUGGAACUUGGCCAUUGUCUAAGGCAGAAAUUUUAACGCAUGUACCUGCUUCAUAUGAAAGGCAAAAAGUGGAAGUAUUAACUGUUCAUUUUUUAAGGAAGACUAACUAAAAAAAGCAGGAAGAAGAGAAAGAAGUGGAUAAACGUCAAGUACAAAAAUAUCAAUCCAAGUAAUUAAGAAGAGGCCAUGCAUGCUACGCAUGAAUGAAGAGAUAGGACGAAACUAUGGAUCAUUUCUCUACACAGCCGUUCAGUUAUUUACCAGCGCGUGUUAUUGCGCCCCUACCUCCCUUCUGCUCACGUGGGUUUGAAUAAACGAGGAUUUGACGUCAUCUUGCAAAUUUGGCUGUUAAAAACUUCCCGCGAAACUGCUUGACUUUGUUCCCUUGAUGUUUUAUAUCUUCUGUCCUAUGCAAAUCUAGUUAAAACAUGGAGAAUCCUAACCAAUCCAUUUCUCAUUCAACACAGCUCUCAACUCAGGGAUAUAACCAUCAAAUGCAGUCUGCAAUGUGGAGUGGAAACAAAGUCUGUCAAAACACUUCAGGGCAGAAUGCAAAUAUGGAUCAUUACUCCCAACAAAUGAACCGCUAUGCAUCUUAUCCAUCACAGACUUCCAAUGAUGUGAAUAGGUAUUUGCCUCCUGUUUCGAAGGAUCAAAACUCAAAUUCUGUUCCAUAUAGUUCUCAGUUCCCUAUGGCAAGGCAAAACAGUUAUUCUUGUACAAAUCCAUCCCAAAAUUACAUGACUGUAAAAAGCAACUGCAGUAAUGUAUAUUAUGGCAGUGUUAAUACAGACAAAAACUAUGCUCCAAAUAAUAUGGUUUCAUCACCAAAGAAAUAUGCAAAUUCAAGCCUUGGGCUAUCUCCAGCCCCAACUGGUGUACCUCAAAUUCCUCAGGUUUCACAUAAUACUGGGGCACAUAUGCCACAAAUGCCUCAUUAUGGAGACCAGAGUAGUUAUCAGAUGCAGAAUAUGUAUGUUUCUAACUAUAGUAUAUACGGAAGUGGAGAUAGUCAACAAUCUUAUAUGUUGCGACAGAGUUUGUCUUCGCCUACAUCAGCGUUAUCUUCACAAGAAGCUUCAUCAAUUCACUCUAUUGCUAUGGUACCAUCAAAUCAGGUGUCACAGGUGUCUUCAAUACCUACUCCUCCAGAAACAUCAUCUCUGCCAGGCGAUGCCAUGUCAGGUGUGGAAACUCUGUCUACUGAUGCAUUAGCUGAUAGCAUGAAAAUGAGCAUUUCAAAUUCAUCAUUUGUUCUCCCUGGAACAGUAGUUAGCCAUAUGCCUAGUAACAUGCCAUCCCCUGUGUCAUCAAUAGGAAAUGCUGCUUCAAUGUCUUCUCGCAAUGUUGGUAAUGCACUUCAGCCUCCAGCUAACGUAGAUGAAGGAAGUCAAGCUUCAAGUGCAUCUGCAUCAUCAUCUAUACCAGAUGAACAGAGUUCUGCAAAAACAAAUUCAAAGCCUAAUUUCUCAUAUCCUCCGACUCCAAAUACUUUGUCCUCUCCCGGUGCUGCAUCCAUGUCAUCUUUCCAUGAUGAUUUAGAGUGUAUAUCUAGUCCUGGCUGGCCCAAAACUCCUGCUAGUCCUGUUGCCAAUAGCAAUUAUGAAUUUGCAAAUAUAAAGCGUCCAGAAAACCUGCUGAAGUUAUACACAUUAUCAGAUGAACCAGAUAGGCGUUACUUUCUUGAUAAACUAAUUGUAUUUAAUGAAGAUAGGGGUAGUCCCAUCACCCAGUGCCCUACUAUAAGCAAGCAGCCUCUGGAUGUUUUUCGAGUCUACCUUACUGUUAAGGAACGUGGAGGAUUUGUAGAGGUAACAAAUGCUAAACGAUGGAAAGAUAUUGCUGGUGCUAUUGGUGUUGGAGCAUCAUCUAGUGCUGCAUAUACCCUGCGUAAGCAGUACAUGAAACUUUUACUGCCAUUUGAGUGUAAGUUUGAUCGAGGUGGCGUUGAUCCUCAGCCUAUCAUUAAUAUGGUUGAAGCUUCAUCUAGAAAGAAAGGCAAAAAUUCAACAACUACAAGUUAUGGAAAUCAAAAUCAUUAUAAUCAAGCUUAUCCACAGCCAAUGGAUAGGUACCAUACUGGCUAUCCUGGAUCUUAUCCAUCAUCUCGAUAUUCCUGUAACAAUGUUAUGGAUUAUCAGUGUACUUCAAAUGCCGUACAUUACCAACAGACAGCUACGUCUCAUACUGCAUCUCAUAACACUAUGCCUGGUCAAAACCAGUAUAAUCAGUAUUCUCAUAGCACACCAUCAAAUUAUGGGUAUUAUCAAGGAAAUAAUUCUGCCACUUCUCCCAUGUAUAAUAAUGUGCAGAAUAAUAUUAGCAAUAAUAUGUGUAGAUAUGGAAAUAGUGCCGCCUCAUCCCCAGUGCCUCAAGAGCAAGGAUAUUAUUCUCAUCAGUAUUCACCUCAGCAUCAAGGACAGAGCAUUCAAGAUAACGGAUAUGGAAGUUCUGGAGGAUGUUCCAUACAGGAAAAUCUUCCUGCAGCUGCUGUGAAUCAAGCAUCAAGUGAGUGUGAGCAACGUAGCCCUUAUUCCAUAGUCAGCAAUGCAACAGGUAUAUCACCUCUAACAUCUGAAAAUACUCAGCAUCAGAAGUCAAUAAAUGAAAGCUAUGGAAGUGCAAGUGCCACAGCUGUCACUGUAACCAACUCCACUUCUGAGGCUCUACCGGAUGCAAAGUUAUGCUAUAACAAUAGUUAUACUGCAACUCCUAAACCAAAUGUACUAGACCAGAACUCAUUAGCUGCUAAAAACUGCAAUCAUGUAAAUGCCAUAUCACAGUCAUAUCAACAGUCUGCAGCUCCUGAAAGUUCAUUGAACUCUGUGACUGAUGUCAAUUAUUAUGCUGACACAACUGCUACUUCUCAUCAAGUUUCAGUUUCGUAUCCUAAUUGUAAUCAAAAUUCUUAUAUAAAUCAGGCUCAGAGUCCUUAUCCAAAUCAGAAACUGCCUUACCAGGGAGACUGCCAGAACAAAGAUCAAGUCCAGUCCAGUCAGUAUGGUAGAUAUACUGAAACUCAAAAUGAAUCAUAUCGAGGAUCAGAAGGUCCUCCUGCAAUACAGGGUGAUCAAAGCAGAAAUCUGUCUUCUCAUGAUGGAACUGUCAGUUCAAAAUCCUAUCAGUACAGUCGUGUCACACCAAAGAUUAACGCAUAUGGUACACAACAAGGAAGUAGUAAGGAGCCAUUUAAUAAUACAGUUUAUUGUAAUCAGUUUGGUAACAGACCACAAAGAGCAUGGCUUCCAGAACAAAAUCAGUAUACUUAUCAUCCACAUGCAGGGCAAAGACCACCUUUGAAAACUCAAAUGACAGCAUCAGAUGCGAAACAAAAUCCAGAGACUGCCAGAGUGAGAAAGUCAUGGCUGAAUAAUCAACCUACAACUCAAGCUCCAGCAAAAUUUCAAAAUACAGCAUCUGUUACCCAAAGCAGUACAUCAAAUAAAUCACAGCCUCAGUCAUUGCCUGCAUCCCAAGCUGUUCAAUCCAUGGCUAAAAAACCGUUGGAGUUCCCUCCCAAUACAGUUGAAGCCAUAAAACCAGUUGCAGUUAAACGGAGACGGUGCCCAGCAAAACGCCUUGGUACAAUUGAUCCAUGGAGAAUCAUGCUUGCAUUAAAAUCUGGUUUACUAGCUGAAUCUACAUGGGCCUUAGAUGCACUUUCCAUUUUGUUGGCUGAUAACAACACUGUAGUUUACUUCGGACUAAGCCAUUUGCCAGGUCUACUCAAUGUGCUUGUAGAUCACUAUCGUUGCUUUUUGAACAAAAUAUUCCACCUUGCCAAUGAUGUGGAAAUUGGUUACUCUGAAGAUUUGGACAAGAAAAACAUUUCCAGCAACUUAAGCUGUCUAGGAUCUGAUGAUACUGGAUCUUGGGAAGGAAAAAUUAAACUAUUAGAUUCACCUAAUUUUACAUACAAAACUAGGUGCAAAAAAGCAGUUCAAAUUCAGUACGAUGAAGCAUUAUUUCUUAUUGAUCCUCAAAGAUCAUGGGAUAAGUUUGAAGGAUUUGAUGUAGCUGUUGAGCAUUGGCAAAAAGGUGGAGGUGAUAUAACUUCACAUAUACAAACUUCCUUUGCUAGCUGUUCUAAAAAAGUUAAAUUUCAUCGAGACUUGAGUGAUGAGAAAAAAUUAAAAAGUGAAAAGCUUUCAUCAGAUAUGAAGUCACUGCCUUCAUUUCUGAAAGAAAAACCUAAUAUGUUAAAAUCGUCAUUAUUAUUUAAAGGUGAACCAAUUGUUGUUUUGAAGAAAUUCAAUUUUCUUGCUGAUAAAGCUUUUACAUUAUCUGAUGAAGAGUCUGUAGAAGCUCCAGAAAUUGAAUCAAGUAAUUCAAACUUCAGUAAGAAAUCGGAUGAUGUUAUUUCUGAUAAAAAUGAUGGAGACAAAGACAGGGAAAAUGGUAUUGAUGGAGUUGAAAAACCAGCUAGCUCAGAAGACUCUAUUUCAGGUGGUGAAUUAAAUGAGGGAAAAGAAAUUAAAUGUGAUACGGAUGCCAUAAAUAUUAUGAAUAAUAAAAAAAGUGAUGCUAUAGAUGAAGUUAAAGAAAAGGUUGAAUCUCUGAAAACUAAUGAUACAGAGUUAUCUGAAAAUGUUCCACGACUGAGAGGCUCUCUUUCAUCACGGAAACGUUUCCUGUGUGAAGAUUUAGAAGAUGAAGCUUAUUGCUUUGAUCAGCCAGCACUUUGUGUGAUUAAUGAUUCUCAAGAAAUGCUUUCACGCAGAUGUGUGUGUGUUUCAACAAUUCUUCGAAACCUAUCUUUUGUACCAGGAAAUGAUUUGGUUAUGAGUAAAAAUCCAGGUGUCUUAUUAUUAUUAGGCAGGCUACUUCUCUUGCAUCAUGAGCACAAACCAGCAAAAAAUGCAUAUCAUAAAUAUGAAAAAGAAGCUGAUGGGAGUGUGUCUUGGAAUGAAUCUUGCAUCAGUUUAAAAGAUGAACAAGAAUGGUGGUGGAGCACACUCAGUGUUUUACGAGACAAUACGCUUGUUAUACUUUCCAACAUAUCAGGUCAUCUUGACCUGUCACCAUUCCCUGAGGAGGUAAGUCUCCCGAUAUUGGAUGGUUUGCUGCACUGGGUUGUAUGUCCAUCAUCUUAUGCUCAAGAUCCCCUGCCAUCUAGAUCACUGUCCUCCGUCCUGUCGCCACAGCGACUUUGUUUGGAAGCUCUUUGUAAACUUUCUGUGCUUUCAAGCAAUGUUGAUCUCAUUAUUGCUACUCCUCCAUGGUCUCGCAUUGAAAACUUACUGGCUUUUCUAACAAAGUCUCUUAGUUAUGGCCAAGAUCAGAUUAUGCGUGAAUUUGCAGUUAUAUUGCUUUCUAACAUCUCCCAGGCAGACUCUGUAGCAGCCAGAACCAUAGCAGAGCAAAGCCGUUGUAUAUCUUAUCUCAUUGCUUUCAUAGAAGAGGCAGAAGCUAAUGCUUUCCAAAUAGCUAGUUCUCAGGGUACAAAGAAACUGAGAGAUAAACCAGAACUAAUGGGUACUACUCCAGGUAUGGUUCAAAGAGCUGCCAAUACAUUAAAGAAUUUAGCCUUAGUUCCUGAGAAUCAAGGUUUGUUUAUAAGGUAUCAGCCACGACUUCUUUCUCUUGUAAUGUCACAAGUAAUGGACCAGGAAUUGGCAGCAGUCAUAGCAGAUGUUUUGUUUUAUUGUUCAGAUGAAAUUAUGGCGGAUAUAUCAUGUCAGCUUCCAGUCUCUUAGCAAACAAGCAAGACUGUUAACACUGAACUAAGUCAUUGUUUAGCAAGCUGUAAUACCUGUUGCUCACAAAUGGCAGAUAAAUAUCACAGUGGUGCUACUUAAGCAGCUGAUAUUUUCAUCUGCAUUAUAGAUAAUGUUGUUAUAUGUGUUAUUUGCUACAUACUUUGGGGCUUCACUCUCAUUUUGUGUCAGUGUCAAAAACUUACUGCCUGUUGGAGAAAUCUUAAUUUUUCUCAAACUAUUUAUUGUGUCUGUAAUUGCGGCUGGGAUUAAUCUUUAAGUGUAUUUAAGUCUUCUCUAGGUUCUUAUUAGGCCUACAAAUAGUAAAUGUAUGAAUGUUAAAACUGUAGUUUAAAGGAGUAUUUUAGAAAAUAUUGUAUUUUCUUAUUGCCUGAAGUGUCUCUUAUUUAUUUAAGGAAUUCAAUAUUUAAUUUGACUGUUUUCUGCUAUUUCUCUUAUAAAUUAACAAUAUAUUAUGCAAAUUUUCAGAUUAUAUUUUCGUGAACUAAUAGUAGCUUCUGAUAACUUCUGUAUGUCUUAUUGCAGUUCUGAAUUUGUAUGGUAUUUAUAAUUCAUUUUAUUAACUUCAAAAAUAAUUUCAAACUGUUGGAAUUUUUUUAGAAACAGUCACUCUUAUGUGUCUUAAACAUCACAAUAAAGUGCUUGUGUUCAUAUAAGUGAAGCCCCAUUGUGCACUUUAUAUUUAAACAAAAUAAAAGAGGAAAAAAUAGCACAUCUACGAAAAUAGUUACGACUCCAGCCGGUUGGUAUUUCGGAUUUGUCAAAAAGUCCGUCUUGUUAUAUGUUCUGUCCAUUUGUGUUUUUAAUUGAGGCCCAAGGCCAGUUUUUAUGAAGUUUUCUUUUUAUAUAUUUUAUAAAAAUGAGAUGGCAAGACAUUAAAAAUUAUCUUCCGUAUUGUUAGAUGUUGAUAUAAAUUGUUAAAAGCAUUAUACUAAUUAGUGAUUUCUUAUAAUGUUCCUAGCAAAAUUCAAGAAAUUCCCCCUUAAAAAUAAUUUACUGUAUUACUAAUUGAGGUAUGGAAAUUGCAUUUCUCAGAAGGAAAAUAUUCCAUAUAUCUUAUUUUUUUUCAAAGUUCUAUACUGACUUUUGAGUAUUAUAGAUUUUGUACGUUUUUUUCCUCAUAAUUUUGAAAAUGUUUUAUAAGCUCCAUUCCAAGUUUUAUUAUUAAAUUGUAUCUUUUAAAUGCUUUGAAAUCAUUUUGAAUAAUUGUGAAAACUGUUGCUUCACAACCUAAAGAUUGUAGCCUUUUCAAAAAAAAUAACUUAAUGUUUUUUAUGGUCACCCUGAUGUAAAUGUGGAUGUUGGUUUCAUAGUGGUAAAUGUGAUGCUUACUAAAUUUGUGAGGAAUUUUAAUUGGUAUGAAUACUGGCUGACUUAAUUUACUUUGAAAUUUGUGCAUGAUCUGAACUGUGAAGCAAAUUAAUUUUACUUGCCUCUGAAAAAAAUGCAGGUGAAAAUUCCAUACCUAUGCAGUUGGUUUGUGGGAGUGAGAAAUAUUAUUUCGAAAACAUUUCAUCCCUUCAUUGUUAAUUUAUUUUUUAAUCUAUGUGUGCAGCUUCAUAAAUACAUUUUCAAGUCUAAAGGAUGAACGUUGGUUGUUAGUUACGCAUUAAAAUUAUAUUUGUUUUUAACCCUUGAUUGGUUAUGGUUCCUGAUAUGAAAAUUCAGUGUACUGAGUUAAAUGUCUGAUUUUUUUUACUGUGUUAUUUUGCAUGUUCGGAACCAAAUAACUGAUAAGUUUCAAACUUAUCGUGGGCAGGCAGUGUUGCAGUAUUGUAGUGAUUAGAAAAAAAGAGUUACAGUACCUAUGCUGAUUCCAGUAUAUGUUAUUUUUGUUUAUCAUUAUGGAAUAAUUGACCAAUACUUUUUAAUAAUAGUUUUUUUAGUAUGGAGAAUGUUUCCAAUUCAUUCAUUUUCAUAUGUCAUUCAUUAACUUUCUUUUGAUUCAUUUAAAUCAUAUUUAUUUUUUCUUUUCCAUUUCAACUGUGCAAUUAAUUACAUAGAAAAAUUUAAUGUGUGUCUGUAGAAAGCGUGUUAAAAUCUAUGUUUCAUAAUUUUUUUUCCUGUUGCUUUUAAUUUUAUAUUUCAUCAACAUUGCAAAUUUCCGUACCUCCAGCUGCAUACAUCGAAAGAUGAUGAUGCACAAAGUUACAAAAUUGCUGUAAAAAAUCUGUGUUACAUAUAUAUUAACAUGUUUACUUAUUUAAGGUAUUGCUUUCAUUGUCAAUAUUGCAUUUAAAUGAAUUGUCUAAUAUUAUUGAUAAAUUUUGAAUUAAAUUUGUUUUUGUCUGUUAAUGUAUGCAACCAUUUAUUUCAUUUGAUAAAAUUAUCCCGUUUUUAUUUUAUAUUUCUUUUUAUAUUCUGAGCCAAUGUCUUACAUGCUAUGCAUCUGUCUUUCCUUCGUAUGUAAUAUUUCUUAAUAAUAUGGUAAGAAGAUCUUAUGGUAAAAUAUAUUCAUUGUUGCUUUUUUAAUCUAAGUAUUAUUUGUGUGUCUUUCCAUCUCCAUUCGUGGUGUAUAUGUUUGUCUGUGAACUGACUUGACACCUCAAUGAGGGUAAAAAUUUACACUUGUGCAACUACCCAGUGCAAAUUACCUUUUGUAAGUGAGAAAAUGUGUAAAAAAUGUUAUUACUUCAGGGGCUCUUUUUAGCUUAUAAAAAUGGACAACACUUUGUAAUUUAUGUAAAGAGUUAUUUUGUGUAAAUAGUAGAGGUUUUAAACUACUGUCUGCAAGAGAGUGGUUUUAUUAAUCUUAUCUGUGAAAAAUUAAAAAUUUUAUUCUGCAAAUGAUGGUAUAUGAAGGGAAUAAGAUGUGGACUUAGCGUGACAUGUCAUUUAGUCUUUUGUCCUAAUAUAGGGACAGUGUGAGGCCAUCAAAAACAUGAGCUGUUUUGCAAUUUGGGUUCCAUAUUGCUGUAUAAUAAUCUGUUUUUCAUAUGUAGGUAAAUUUUUUAUUGUUGUGAUUAGUAAACAUUGAUGAACAUUAA